GGAGAGAGCAAAUGGUCGUACAGAGUUAGCCAUGAUCCUCGUGUUUCCUCCUCAUUCCGUGUCCUGACAUCCCAACCAUCACUUUUAACUGAUGGCAUAGACGGUUUUUACAACGCCAUCACCAUCGCAUAGUUUUGGAUUACUCGAGUUCGUUGUAUGUUCUAGAGUUGCCUAGAGCUUUUUGUUAGCUGUACCACUUUGUUCAGUCUGUUACGUUGAUUUCUAGAAGUUAUUUCUGAGUUUAGAUUUGUGUGAAGACUUGUUGCAUUUUGUGACCAAAUGAAAAAUGGUGUGAAAAAAAAAGUCCAAAUUGAAUUUUCAAACAAAAUGUUGAAAUAAAUCAUUUCAAAAUGUUAACUAAAAGACGUGAUUGAACAAUCUGGGCAGCCAUGGAUGUUAUUUCGGGCAUUUCUUUAUGAGAUUUUCUGAUGACUUGUGGAGAUUUUUUGUUUUAAAUUACUCAAGCUUCCAAUGGGAUUGUAGACAGCACAAAUCGAAUUUGACUUUCCAUAAACGUUUUUAUAGCGCAUGCGCUGUAGGCGGCUCUCGUUAUUAGGAACACCAUUUUUUGUUUCUCAAAUAUUUUUUUCUCCUGUCAACGAAAAAAGGGGGAUAACUAAAUCCUCAAUUCACUAUAUAUGAAAGUUUUACGUCUGCAAAGGCGUGCUUUCCCGUGGAUUUAAACUAAGGAAGGUGUUUUGAUCCAGUUGUCGUGUGACCUUCUGCCAUCAUGCUCCUGACGACACCUAUGUACACUCCGCAUAUGGUUCAGAACCAGAUGACCCCAACGUACACAUACCCGCAGGCGGCCAGUCUGGAAGAAUACCACCAGGUAGUGGCUAGCCAGGCUGCGGUCGCCGCCGCCGGAUCUGCGGCCUCCCUUGCAGGAAUGCAGGGGGUGACAGUCUCGGCCAUCACAUCCGAACCCAGUGGUCAGACCAUCUACACAACUACACCCGUGACUUCAAAUGGGACCGCUGCUGACCAACAGGCGUUCCUGAGAGAGGCACAAAAAAGCCUCUGGCUGAGGGACCUGAAAGCAGUGUCCGAGACAGAACUACAGUCAUCAGAUGGAGAAGUGACAUCAAUGCCACCCACAAGUGGUGCAAUAUCUCCCAAUACAGGACCAAAGAGACUUCAUGUUUCAAACAUACCAUUUAGAUUUAGAGAAGCAGAUCUCAGACAAUUGCUAGGGCAAUUUGGAACAAUUUUAGAUGUUGAAAUCAUUUUUAAUGAGCGAGGAUCAAAAGGAUUCGGUUUCGUAACUUUCGCAAAUAGCGGUGAUGCCGACAGAGCACGUGAGAAAUUGAACGGCACUGUGGUUGAGGGACGAAAGAUUGAGGUUAACAAUGCAACUGCACGGGUAAUGACCAAAAAGGUGCCCGCCCCCACACUAUCUACCGAUACAGUAACAGCUGCAGCACUCAGAGGUGUUGCUUUGACAAGAGGAAGGGCAGCAGCAGCUGUCGCUGCAAGGAGUCUUGGAGGAGUCUACACAGCUGCUGCGGCUGCUGCAGGCUUACGGCAUCCUACACCCAUUGCUGCACCUGCCACAGCUAUACCUUAUGCUGCUAUGUAUCAGGAUCCCUUUUUGGCAUAUGAUGCUGCAGGAAGAAGCUAUCAGCUUGUCACCAGUCAGCCCUAUGCUGCUGCUGCAGCAGCUGCUGCUGCUGGUGCCUACCCUGCGGGUGCUGCUAGAUAUGCUUUCCCUGCUGCUGCUAUGGCUACACCAGUCACGUAUACAACUGCUGCAAGUUAUGGCAGAGAAUUUGCUGCUGAACCAUAUAUUGGACACAGUAUUGGACCAGUUGCAGGAUAUGGGGCUACAGUGUACAGAGGUGGUUAUCAAAGGUUUGCACCAUACUAGCAUUACUCUUAAACAUUCUCACUGAUAUAUAUACUGUUGAAAAAAAUCAAGCAUUAUAUGUGGAGGGAAAUGGUACACAGAUGGACUUGGGUUUAGCCACUGUUUGAACUGCAGAGAGAAUCUACUACACGUCACGUCAAUACCAUAAAACAAAAUAAAGGGCCACCAUCAUUCUUGAGUAUAUGACUUUCAUAUUAAUGUGUUUUUUUUUAUUUUGUUUUUUUUUAACCAUUUUGAAAUGAUUGCCACAACAACAAUUAUUUGUUUUAUUAUUGUAAUUAGCCAAACACAAUUGGAUGUAACUGUAGUUAUGUCCAAUAUCUCCACGUAAGAUUUUCCUCCCAACAACAGUCUUUAUAUACUGCAGUCUUGUUAGAUCAAAGAUAAGUGACAUUUAACAAGCUGGCAACAAUUAAGAAUGUUUGACCUAUGUUUGUUUACACUUAAUUGGUGAGGAGAAAUUUAUACAUGAAUACUCACACUCUUAAAGCUUUAUUUUGAGCAUUUUGAUCUAGUCAUUAUGUUUUGUUAUCUCCAUGUAUUUUGAUCUGUAACAUACUAGGUUGGACAAAACACUUUUGUUAGUAUAGUUAGUUUAUGUUUCUGAAGUCUGAAUGUUUGAUGUUUGAAAACUUUCAGUGCAAGGUUUGGCUAACUGUAUAAUUGUUUUCCUUUUGGCUGUAACAAGAAGAACUAGUGUAACAUUUACUGAUCACUGUGUUGGUACUGGUGUCAGGUAUGCUGAGCUGUCCAUAGGUCCUUUUAGUUAUUUUUAACCACAUGCCCUGUCACGUAUUGCAUUCUAAAGUUUAGAAUUAUUAAUGCAUUGUAUUUAUUGAUACUUUGAAUAACAUAAGACUUUAUCCACAUGCCAGAAGAUAUAACACAAAAAAAAGAAAGUUUUAGUUUGAGCCUAUGGUCAUCUUAUCUGGUCAAUGUACAAAUAUUUAAGGUUAAUGCCUGGUGAGUUUAAUUUAUAAUCUCCAUUCAUAAAUAAUCUUAUUUGCUUAAAAACAAAGUGUUCAGGCACAAGUGUUAACACUAUAAAUAUGACAUUUAAAUUGCUUUCUACAGUCUUGGUUUUGGCAUUGGCAUCAGUAUUGAUAGUUUGUCAUUUGUACAAUUACCUGGCACUGUUGAUUAAACUGCUUAGUUGACUUUAUUGUUGAUUACCAACACUCAAACCUUCCAGCUCUUCCCCUACAUUAUUCAUUAGAAAACUCUGUAUAAAGACUGCCAGUAAAAGUAUUCUUUUCAUUUGUAUAUUUAAUGCAUUUCUAUUCUUUGUUUGUGUUUUUUAAAGUUGACAUACAUGUAUUUACUAUGUAAUGUAUUUACAUCUAUAUCAUGUUUUUAACUUGUGUAACCAUUAAUAUGUUAACUCCCUUCACAAAUAAUUUGAUGUUUUUAUAUGACUGAAAACUUCUACAUGUUCAAAUGUUAUACAGAUUGAAUAUUAAUGUUUAUCGUUGAUAGUUAUACUUGGGAUAGAAAGUCUCUUUAAUGUGAUGUUUUAUUAGAACAACUUUGAUAGGUAGUAAUAGUUCAGGGAGUCUUGGAGCACUUAAAGACAGAAGAAGAUUGUUGGCUACACACAUACAUGAUGGUGGUUUGCUUCACCAGCAAACUUUUCCUUGUUUAAGACACUUGUUUAGGUCUUUGACUAUAUUUAAUCACUAUGCAGGAACGAAAAUGUGAUUAAAAAAAAGAUUCUUUUUUCUUCUUUUUUGAAGCAACAAAUAAUUAUUGAGACCAAAAGUUAUUGAUGGUUAUGGAUCUAUUAGCCAUUUGAAGAUAAUUCAAUGCAUUCAACUUGCCCAAAUAAAGUCUUGCCAAAUUACAAUAGUAAGGUUUACUUUCAAAAAUUUGUCUGAAAAUUUUUUAAAUUAUGGUCACCACAAACAGUGCAUGACAAUCUUAGUGCAUUAUGAAGUCUUGGUUUGCAAUAUGAUAAAAGUGUAUGAUUUUCUGAACUAAUUUAGUAGACAUUUGUAGAAUAUAGAUCAUCAGGUGCAAGGGAAGCUAAUCCUUUGUGUAAAUAAAAUAUGAGUUUUAUUUUUGUUUUUUAAAGAAAUGUUUUUGUCAACCAUGUACAAGUGUUUAAUUAGUUGUAUCAUCAUUGUUCAUAAGACUUGUUUACAAAUAUAGACAAGAAGAUCAAAUCAAAAUAUAAUGUGGGGCACGAAGCUCUUUUCUUCCUAAUUGAGAGAAUGUUAUUGGCACCAAACUAAAUGUUUUUAAUUUAGUUGUUUUUUGUUUUUUUUUAUAUUGAACAUUUAGACUGAAGUAUUGCUUUUAAACAAUAGAGCAGGCACGGCACAUCAUAAAAUUAUAAAAAGAAAAGAAACAGUUUUAAAAUCUUGCCAUUUAUUUUCAUGUACAUUACUAAAGCAAUAAUUAAUUCAAGUUGUAAUAGGCAAUUUUAGUCAACGUUAAUUAUAACAUUUCUCUAUUCACUUUUUGUGAAUAUAUUCACAUUUCUAGAUUCAUUCAUGUACUGGUAAAAUUUGUUAUGAAUCAUUGAUUCAUGCUUAACUAUUGUAGUCAAUGUAUUUUCUUCUAAAUUGUCUUUGGUGCUAAGUAUUUAGGUGUGCAGGUUGGUAGCAUGUACAGUUUGGAUCACUCCAUGUAGGCUGCCUAUAGGUUUGAUCAAGUCCAACUUCUCUAGUCUUCUAAACAUAAUCAAGUCAUGUGUUUAGUUUUGCAAUAUACCUCAACAUGUGUUACUCUUUUUUUUACAGUGAGUUAAAUUUGAAUUUCUGGCUAUUUCAGAAUACUUGUUAACAUACACAUGCACCCUCACACACACAUAAACUAGCAUCUUAAACUAGUAUGUUCAUGAUAUUACUUGAAAAUAAAAAUUCAUAUGGCUUAUUUUUAGCUAUAUAUUAUAUUAUAGCCUAUAUCUAGGCAUAUACAUUUUUUUGUCCAUCUUUGAGGAAAGAAAGGUGGGAUCUGAUUUACUCUCUCCACUGGGUAAAACUCUCCAAAUGAUUGUAACAAAUGUAUGAUAUUGUGAUAUAAGUAAGCAAUUUUACGGUCAUGGUACCAAAGAAUGAUUAUUUUCUUUUUGUUUACAUAUGUAUGUUACCUAAUGUGUUGUUUGCGUUUUUAAAAAAAUCUAAAACAUUUCAUGAAAAUGAGUUCCACUUCUGUCAACACCUAGAGAUAAACCAUGUUUGUAUUUCUUUCUUUUAUAUUGUUAACUUUCUGAUGUCUAGUUUUCAAUGUACCAGACGAAACAGCAUAGCAUUUCAAAAGUAUUUCUUGUACAUAAACAUUUCCCCAAGGCUUGGGCCAUCACCACAUAGAAGCAAUGGUACAAAUAAAUCAUGACUUCAUUAUAGUGUGCCCAGGCAAUGUUAGAAUCAGUCUUCACUCUUUGACUACCAAUAAAUAAGUGGACAUUGUACUGAUAUACAUGAUCUUGUAGUUCAGUUUGCUGUUUAUCAAUAAUUCACUGUAUAUUGUACAAUUUAUUUCUAAAGAUGUACAAGUGUAACAUUUUGUACAAGUUUUUUUGUACUCAUUACAUCUGACCUUUUUUUUUUCUUUCCUUUUUUUUUUCUGCUUAUGUAUUCUCAGUUCAUUAAGGUAUCUUCAAUUUUUUUAUUUAAAGAUUUCGUCUGACAUUAAAAGAUAGGUAAAGAAGAGAUACAAAAAGAAACUUUUUCAAAUAAUGAAACAUGAAUUUUCAAAUAAAUAAAUAUAUAAAUAUUGCUAUUUAUAUAUAAUAUAUAAUUAAAAUUACCUUUUUUUUUCAUUUAAAUUCUUAUUGAACUGAGAAAUUGCAUAAGAAGAGAAAAAAUGUUCCAGCUAAACAGUAUUGACUAAGUUAUUAACCAAAAAACAAACUGUCCAACAUUUUGAAGCUUGUAUUUGUACCCAGUUCUAGUUUCUGUCAUUGUGUCAACAAACUUCAGACAAGCUGAACACAAAAAUCAAAUGAUUGUCUUCCAUGAUAUUUUUUGUCAAGAGUUGUCUCUCUUGUUUAUUAUAAAAGAUACCAUCAGAAACAAUGCUGUGUUUUAAGUUGUUUAUUUCUGUUGUUAUCAUCAAUUUUACUGUAGACUGUAUGUCUCUGUUAAGAAGCACUAUUCAUUGGACAGAUAGUUAACUCAACAUCUUGUUGAAUUAAUUUAGUAGCAUGAUGUGUAUGAGAUAUAAUACCAAUGGUUCUUUACUAUGGCUUUUUAAAAUAUGAAUGUUUAUGAUCUGUUGUGCUUUUCUUUGACCUGCAUGAUCUACCAACGAUUGCUUCAGGUUUGUCAGAAAAUUUUCACAUUUUUAAUCAUCUACCUAUAAUUGACUUCCAAAAAAAGAAUUGCUUUUUAUGUGUGUGGGAUUUUUUUUCUUUUCUUUCUUUUUACAUAAAUAUUGGCUAAUUGAAAGUCUCAAUGCUUUUAUUAUUAAUUAGCAAAGUGAUCUUCCUUAUGUGUAUUUCUUUCCAAGCAUGAUUCUAUUGUUCUACUAACAUUCACCAGGAAGUGAAAGCAUACUUUGGCCAGGACAUCCAACACAUUGCAUGCUAUUUAACCUUUCAGGCAAAUCAUGUUCUUGCCAACCUUUUUUUUUUUUAUAUUUGAAUUUACACAUUUUUUGAUUCAAUGAUAUUGUUUACAUAUGUUUCAAAUUGUGUAAUUAAUGUUAUGACAUGAAUUUUUUGUUGUUUAAGUUAGAGUUUAGUGAAUGACCAUUACUCACUUUAACAUUAUUUAUGCUUUUUCUGUGUGUGUGUGUGCUUGUAUUGAUUAACAAUUGCAUUGCAUGUUUUUUUUUCUUCUUGUAACUCUUCUAAAAGUAAAGUAACAAUGUCCCAGCUAUCAUUGUGGGAACUGAAGAGUUCCUCAAUGUGCAGGUAGGCUUAGUAUACUUUGAGUGUGCAUCAAGUAGCCCUAAGUGUUAUAUUGUAAUAUCCAAGAGAGGCUUCCAGCUUACUCAGAACCUUGCUCUUUAGUAGUUUCACUUUUUUUUUUUGGCUUUUGUGGAAAGAUCCUUAGAGAAAUAAAUAAACCAACAAAAUUUUCUUUUGC